CUGCGCAUGACAACCAGGCAACAGACUCCACUGCUGCAGCUUCACACUACUGAGAGUUUGGGAGGCGGUUGCCAUGGAGCCUGCAUGGCGACAGCAGGGAAGGGGGCGUGGCCGAGGUCAGGAGGGAGAUAGGCCCCGCCCCCAAGAAAAAGAGAGGGAGAGGCCGGGGGCAGGAGGAGGAGGAGGAGGAGGAAGAGGAGGAGGAGGAGGAGGAGGAGGAGGAGGAAGAGGAGGAGGAGGAGGAGGGAAGAUGAAGAACGCUGCGACACCUGAGCCUCCACAAAGUGCGACGGUCCAAUCAAAGUUCGAGGAGAUCAAGAAGGCCAACCAGGCUGCUGCUCAGCGAUUGGUGGAGCUCAGUUCCUCCUCAGAGGAUGAAGAUGAUGAUGAUGAUGAAGGAGUGGAGGUGGAUAAUAAAGAUGGAAAGAGAGGGAAGAUCCUGGCCUCGACCUUCACCACCUACACCGACCAGACAGGAGGCGAUGCGUCGGCUCUCCUCCGGACCGGUCAAUACGUCAACGAUCUGUUUCAAUCAGGAGCUCUGACCUGUUUGAUCUGCAUCGCCUCCGUGAAGAGGGUCCAAGCU